AUGGGAAACUGCUUAGCACCAAACAAGAAAAGAUCCCAAGUACACGAAUUCCAAGAAGAACACGACAGUAAGGUGAAUUCCGACAAGACGAUGAAAACAGGGGAAACAGGGGAUGUUCCUACAACGAACAACGGCGGAACCGACGUCGGGACGAAAGUGAAGAUAGUUUUGACGAAAGAGGAGCUCGACUGGCUCAUGUACGAGCUCAAGGUGAAAAACAGCAGCGGCGGCGGCGGCGGCGGAUCCACGAAGAAGCUUGAGGAUGCUCUGGCGGAGAUCGAGAGAAACAGAGCAAUGAAAUCGGCCAGCGUGAACAGCUGCUGGCAGCCUUCUCUGGAGAGCAUUAGUGAGUGCCCUGAAGACGUUGGAUCAGGGAGAUAUUAUUAG